GUGCCGCGUGUUGACGUAUUGACGGAUUCGUCUUUCGUCUUAUCAUAUUUGUUUAUUUAUAAAUCGAACGAUGAUUACGAUUGAAUGCUACGUAAUGUGUUUGUUAUGGAAAUAAUUUGAAAUUCGAACAUAGAGAUGCGAUCAAUAGUUGCGUAACCGGGAACUGCUGGAUACCUAUAUCUAGUUAUGAAACAAUAUCGAUUCUAGUGAUGGUACUCGAAAUUGGGACGUUCUCUCAGUCACUGUGUCUAGGUCACGAUUUGGAAUGGGCUAAUGUGCAGCCAUAAUAUCUCGUCCUUUGAGUCAAUUAAAUGUAAUUUGUUGUCAAUUGUAAACGAAAGUCAAUAUAGAUUAUAAAAGUAGAAAGUGUUGUGAUUAAACAGGUACUGGUUAGUGUUGUGAAGUGUUGUAAAUUUACUGGGAAAACCUAUAAAUAGAGUUGAAGUUUUGUUUUGUUUAUUGUGUUUAGAACAGCAUCGCAAAUAUGUUUGGCGUUUUGAUGAAACGCUGGAAACCUAAAAGAACAUCAAACAAUGACCGGGAUGAGAGUCCUGGUACAGAUGGCAAUGUUUCUCCAGAACCACCUGAUCGUCCGCCCGGGAAAGUACGACAAAUACAUCCAGAGGAGAAAACUCAAGUGCUCGCAUACGAUUCAUCUUAUCGAAGAAAAAGUAAACCUACAUCUUUAGCAUUGCAAGAGAAUCAUUACAAUCAUUUAGCGAAUUCAAACGUAUCAAUGACUCCAUACCCGUUGACACCAAAUAUUUGUGUUGAAGGUGGGAAGAUUGAGUUCAUAAAAUCGCCACCGAGUAGCGCUAGGAACAGUGUGGCGCUAGCGUCGCCUCCACAGACGCCACUGUUGGCGCGGCGCGGCUCGCGGGAGAAACGAGAAGCGCGAAUAUACGACGAACCAACUGAAAAGUUCGACGGCGAUAAGGAACUUUUGGAAAAACGGAUUAAGCAAUUGGAAGCACAAUUGGAAGAUGAGAAAAGAAGGACACAGAAGGAAAAAAUGGCCGUCACCAAGCUACAAAAUAAAUUAAUCAAGCGCGAGGGUGCGGCGCGCAGCGAUGCGGAGCGCGAGCGGCGCGCGCGCGGCGACUGGGAGGCGCGUGCGCGCGCAGCCGAGGCCGACGCCGCACGGCUUGCCAGCAAACUGCACGCGGCGCAGCGCGAAAUUGUCAGGAUGGAGGAUACAGUACGAUCGCUGUUGCAGUACAAGACCCGCGUGGAAACUCUGAAGCAGGAGAAGGCUUCACUGUCGUCCGCACUGGAGGCGUCAGCAGCUCACUACAAAAGCCAACUGUCAGUUCUAAGUGCGGAGAACGAGCGGCUGCGUGGUCAACUGACGGCGCUGUCAGUCAGUCUGGGUGGUGGGGAACACGAGCGACGGCUUGACGAUGUCGCGCAACAAGUCGUACGAGCCUUAUUAUCGCAGAAGAGCGCACGUGAAGAGUUGGGAUGCGCCCGCGCGAGGGUCCGCGAACUUGAAGCACAAAAUCGAGCGCUGAGCGCGCUGCUGGUGCGGCAGCUACGACCGCAGCCGCGGCCAUCACCUGCUACGCCUCUUACUCCACACACACCACAUACACCGAAAGACUUGCAAGUGCAUCUUGUUGACGUCGGUUCCUGUGGUUCUCUGGUCUCCUUUCGGGACUCCCCUCCUCCAGCAGCACCUGCGCCGCAUCCACACCCACUGAGCCAAGACGACAAACGACGACAUCAAAUCCUUUCUGAUAUUUGGACUGAGCUUAAGGGCCUGGAAGUGACUCCUGCUAACUUAGCCCGUGCACUAUCAGCGGUAGAUCCUACUUUGUGGGCUGCACCUGCGAGACCAGCAACGCUAAGCCUCAGCAUGCCGCAGCCUAGCAUCGAUCCAGUUCAAGGCACCAAUUGUGAAAAAGUAGCUGAAGAAGAAAGUAGCGAGCAAUGUGAAGCUGGUGCGGAAUCUCCAGAAAGUGGUGCGAAGGAUGAAGGAUACUCGACUAUGUCUAGUGAUGUUCAAGCAGAUGCUUCAAGACAGAGUGAUCACGCUGCUGAUAGAGCAUUGCCAGAUUUAAAUGAAGCAUCUGACGAAACUGAUAAUCAAACCAUUGUUUCAAUAAAUCCUAGGGAAUCUCGACGACAUGCUCGACUUUUAGCAACAGAUGCGGAUUAUAUUUAUUUUCCAAUAGGUGUAGCUUUUGCAGGAGUCAGAGGCAGCUAUCCACCGUCACGUCCAGUCUUGCCAUUUCAACAUGUCGUACGAAGUUUCUCAGAUUCCCAUCUCUGCCUAAAACUCGUAGCAUCAACUACAUGUCCAACAAGCUGUCUUGAUAGUCCCACGCCCAGCUCGGGGGUAUUAGUACUAGAUCUGAAACCGGCACCUGAAAGACCAUUAAGACGAGUUGCAAUAGCUUCCACUACAAGUUCCGAAAGAGUAUCCUGGGGAAGUACUGGAGAUGAACGAGCAGAUGGUUCGCAAUAUGAUGCAGAUUAUGUGCAACAUUGGCUAGAAUUAGAUGACGCAAGAUCUGCGUUACAGCAGAGACAUCGUGACCUAGCUGAUUUGGAAUAUGAUAGGGCAGAAUUAGAAGACUGGAGCUUAUCUUUGUCAUGUGAAGAUCUCAGAGACCGACAAUCGCCAUUUGCUGAGAUUACAACACCGGGUCAAAUAUCGCUUUCAACGUUACCUAGUAUAAGAGAAGAUGAUGCUUUAGAAUUAGAAGAAGAUGAAGGUUGCCUUUGGAAUGAUUGCGGAUUUGCGACUAUAGAAAUUGAUGAAUGUAGAAUUGGUGAUGAUCCCGAAACAUCUGAUAAACGGUGGGACUGUACUGGAGCGCACUCGCCGGGUGGAUCUUGGUCUAGUACUUCUGAUGCACCUGAUAAAAGAUCUAAUACAGCAUUGAGUGAAGACGGUGAUUGUGCCAAUAUCGGUGUAGACUUCACGAGAGAUUUUUAUCGUCUUGUCAAAUACGAGAGCACUAAAAGCUUAGCAUCGAAUUCAUCAAGAGGUUUAUCAGCUCAAGACAUCCUACCAGUCACAAAUAAUUUGAGAGUUCAUGACGUCCAAGCUAUGGCACUUCAGGAUCGUGAACAAGCUCUUCAAAAUGUUCUUCAUUUUAUUGCGGAACAACAAAAAUAUUGUCGCGAUAGAGAAGAAUCUGACUCAAUGUCGUCACGACCGGUAUCUGAAAUACGUGAAUUGCCGCCUCCGUAUGCAGCUGCUGAUUUUGAUGAUGAUUCUAUUGGUCCCCGUAGUGAAGUAUCUGAAGACAGACAAAGACCCGAUUCAUUUGGUAGUUUUUCUGAGAACGACUCUUGCGAUGUUCACAAUGAACGGCAAAAAAUUGCACAUUGUGAUAUUGUUUCUGAUACAAGAUCAACUCCAAGAUUUAUAGAACGAGAAGAUCCUUACGCAGAAUCAGAGGACUAUUUCGAUGGGUUGUCAAGAAUAGAAAAUGGAGAAAAUGAAAUAGAUGAUCACUAUUUUUUAAAGGUUCAAAGGAAAAAUGAAAUAAAUAAAAACAUAGAUAUAGGUAACUCAGUUGAUGAGGAGCCUGUGACGCAAACGAAAGAUGAUAAAAGUGAUCAUGAAUCUAGUCGAAACCUAGACCAUAAUUCAGCAUUAAAAGAAAAUACUGUGAAUAUAAUGUUAAAUAUGCAAAGUCCGGUAACAGAAAGGGUAAAUACUGAAACUUCUUUAACAAAAUCAUCAAGCUUCACGUUCCCUAGUGGAGAAACGGAGAUUUCUCUAGUCGAAGAAGUAUUAAGUGCUUGCAGAAGAAGCACAGGAGCUCUAGUGACUGUUCUAGAAGAAGAAGAAAGUUCGUCGCCAGAAACGAGUUCUCCUCAAAUGACUGAAUCGAAUACUACAAGCACUUCUACUGCCGAAACUGUGAUAGUAAGUAAUAAGAAUGAUACAACUCAAAAAGAAGCUAAAUUUAAAAAUGAAAAGAGCCGCAUACCAACUUUUAUGGGAGCUAAAAGACCUCCAUUGUCGCCAAAUAGGACUAGAUCUAAAAUACCUGUGGCAGAAAAGUUUAAACCAGGAACUACUAAUGCCGCUCCAGCCCCUGAACCAAUUAUUGUGAAGCAGGAUCAUACACUAAGUUUCCAUGAAGCUGCAACUUCUAAAGACGUUAUAGAAGAACUAAAUAGAAUGAUUCGUCAAAAUGAUACCUCGACUACGAGUGGAGUUAAGACAGAAGAUCGGAAGGAAAAAACACAUGCUCAUAAAGACGGUGCACUAUGGGCACCGACAGGAUGGGUACAUGUCGAGAAGGAUAUUGAUUUCAGCGACCCUAAGGCACGUGCUAACCUGCUGGACGUAAUGUUGGCAUCAAGUGAUUCGUCUCCUUCAUCCUGCGGUUCCUCUCCAGCGGAACCACCGCCCCCUUACUCAAGGCUUCACCGUCUACAUAGAUCUAGGAGACAGAAAACUGCGGCCGCGCUGCGCAGCCGCGGGCUGGGCGUGUUGCGGUUCCCGCGCGGCCGCCGGCCUUCCAUCCUCGGCCGCGAGGGCUUCUUCGUCCGCUACGGCGACCGAGAGCGCGCCGCCGUCGCCACUUUCGACUUCCUAGACGACCUCUCCGGCGGAUCCUCGCCCGAGAACACCAAAGACUGUACCUAAAUUAGCAAUAAACGGAUCCCAAAUAUUAUAUUUUUCUAUGUCACUCGUAUGUGAUAGUUAUGGUGAGUGACGAUUGGAGCGCACGCGCUCCGCCGGUAGUGUUCGCUUUCGCGUAGCCCGUAUAUCGACGGUAAGCCAAAUAGUUUUAUUUAGUGUGGCGUUGUCUCGACGAUGGCUGCACGGUCCGCAGGGCUGCAGCUUACUGGAACUGUCCCGCACCUGUGUCUGCACACAAGUGACAAGUCUUUCUAAUUCUACAGACGUCAACGCUUCCCGGUAGAUAUGUACUGUUUUAUACGUGUAUAAAAGUAUUAUUUAAUUGUAAUAUGACUAAGACGUUAACGUUUGUAGAAAGAGAAAUGUUAUAAAUAAGUUGCAUCUGAUCCUUUUCAAAUUUGUCUCGUGUAGAUGUCGUAGCCCUUUCACUUUGAACUAAUCAAACUAUGAACGAAGCACAUAGGAUAAAUGAUUUAUAAAUUCUUCAUAGAUUUCUUUAGUAGGUGUGAGAGGAAGUACAUACAGAAAGGGCAUUGAUGCGCUGUUUUGUAUGAAUUAUUGUUAAAGUUCAGGUUUUUAAAAUCACUGAUAAUAUGAUAGCUAAAGCAAACAUCCAGAUAUUGUGAUUUGCGCUUGGAACAAUGCUUCCUACAAAUGAAUCUGCUUUUUGAAGCAAUAUAAAUAGAGUUGAUUACUUCAUGCGAUGUCUAGCUUACGCUUCGAACCAAUAACUGAGAACUUAGGUAAGAAGACGAAAUAACUACUCAAUAAGUAAUUGAAAGCUGCGGCCUCGAAGUAAUGUGAUAUUUUUGUAUAUACUGUAAGUCCCACUUAUUUUCAUAUACAUUUAAAUGGAUUCCUUUCUAACCGAACGAAGCGUUACUGUUGGGUCUAGAACGAUAGUUCUGUUUCAGAGUCUGUACAACUUAAGUGGAGCUGUCAUGCGACAAAAUAAUGUUGUCUCUUUCACUCCGCAUGUAACGAAUUAAUAAAAGAAGAGCGCGCUAUUUUAUCGCACGAUUGUUAUUUACUGAUAAUAACCUAGGUACUUAUGUAAAUAUUGACGAUUACGAAUAAUUAACGAGUUAGUUACUACACUUAUUAAUUAUUAUAAAGAAUAAUGAACUAUAACAAUCGAUUAACAUUAUAAAAAUCCAUUAAAUCGAAGGGUACUAAAGUAUGUUAAGUGUAUAUAAUAAUUACGACGUCAUUGAAUGCUAUUUAUUGAAUUGUAUCGUUUGCGAUGUGUCGAUCGUUUGUGUAUACUUUGGUACAUAUCAUGAAUUUCUAUUAUUUCGUAAGGCAACGAUGCUCUAUUUUUAAGGUAUAUUACGUAUGUGACAAUGGAG